GGCAUAUUUUAUACCUGUUAGUAUUUGUCAUACUCAUAAACCAUAGACGACAAGAGUAUAGAAGCCAUGUGGAUUGUGGAUUUAAGAGUUGCUAAAAUAUAUAUAAAAUAUAAAUGUUAAUUUUUUUUAACGACUUACUUAUACGGUUGCUAUUUAUUAUCGAUUUUGUGGUGAAAACUGUUUUCGUGUUUGCUUAUUAUAUCUAUAGUAAACUUAUUCAUCAAGUUUUCAAUGUAAACAUGGUCGAAAAUAAUAAGAAACAUAAUAGGAACCCAAUAGGGAAACCUAACCAAACAAUUGUUAAAAGAGGUGUUAUUGAUGCAAAUUGGCAAAAACUUAUGCAUUUAACAACAUUAAUGGACACAAAAAGUGAAAAGGAAGAAGAUACGGAUAAAAAAGAAUCGUUUAAAGGCACAUUUCGUCGCAACAGAAAGAAGAAAAUUAUUGAACAAAACAAUGUUGCAAAAAACCUGAAAACUUUAAAAUUGAAUAAUAAAUUAACAGAAUUGGACAUUGAUGCAGUAGAUAAUGUUAAAGAGGAAACUAGGAAAGAUAAAAAAAAUAAACUGACUAAGUUUAUAGCAAUGGAUUGUGAGAUGGUUGGAAUAGGUUACAAUGGAGAUGACCAUAUGAUAGCUAGAGUGUCUUUAGUUAAUAAAUUCGGUGACUGUAUUUACGACAAGUUUGUUAAACCGCGAGAAGAAGUUGUAGACUAUAGAACUAGUAUAAGUGGAGUUAGAAAAGAGGAUUUAUUAAAUGGUGAAGACUUUAUAAUAGUACAGAAAGAAGUUUCUGAGAUAUUAAAAGGACGCAUUGUAGUAGGUCAUUCACUCAAGACUGAUUUAAGUGUGCUAUUCUUAUCACAUCCUAAGAAAUGUAUAAGAGACACAUCAAAAUAUAAACCAUUUAGAAAGAUCACUAAAGGCAGCACACCAUCCCUCAAACGUCUAGCGAAAGAAAUACUAGGUAUAGACAUUCAACAUGGGGAACAUAGUUCUGUUGAGGAUGCCCGAGCUACAAUGCAGCUCUACUGCACAGUUGGCAAAACCUGGGAGCAAGCAUUAAGUGAAAAAAGGGGAUAUAGUCGUAAAUUUGUAGAGACAUAACAUUUAUUAAUGAUAUAGUAUACUAAAUGGACUGAGAAUUUAUUAAUUUACUUUAGUUACAUAAAAAUGAGUUCUUAAAAGUUCUUUGUAAUCCUCCAAAAAGAACAUAUAUUUACAAAAAAUACUCAUAUGUAUUUUGAAUUAUAUAAGUCUAUUUUUGCCCCUUAGUCCAUUUUCUAUAUCAACUAAUAGAAAUGUUCAAAUUUUAAUUUUCUUUAUUUGACAUGAAUUACCUAUGUUAUAUAUGUUAAUUCUUUCCUAUUUAAAACUUUGCUGAACAAGAAAGAAAAGCAAAUAAAAAAGUAGAUUAUAUUGCAAUUCAAUAACAAAUUUCUUUUAAGCAAAAGUAUAAAGCAUUGAUAAAAAUUGAAAAGGACUUGUUAUAUAAUAAUAAUAUAGCCUUUAUAUUCAGAAACUCUGUGAUCUUAUAUAUAUAUCUUCCAUAUAGUAUAUUUUCACUACAGUUUACCCCUUUCCACCGUUCUCUACACUUUGUGAUAUAUACAAUCCUUUUUUAAAUAUCUGACACUAAAAAGGAUCUAUCUCCUCCUAGGUAUGUUUGGUAACAAUAUUUCUUUUUGUCUAUCAUUGUUUGUUAUAGUUGAUGUGUGACUUUUAUUUCGAGGCAAAAAAUGUUUGAAAGCCAUUUGAUUAAAUUUCUAUAUAAAUAUAA